CGACUCUUCCGGUCUGGCUCAGGAGCUGAUAAAAGAGCUUCCUUCCAGGCUUAAAGCGGGAAAACGGUGAUGCCGUCCUGGUACUGAGGAGAACGGAGACUGUUCAGGACCUUGCGAAGGCUGUGCGGGGCUGGAAUUGAUUCCGACCCUACAAACGUCUGGGCUAGUUGGGCACUGAGCUAGGGGCUGGAACUGCAAAGACAAAAGAGCGGGAGGUAGAAAUAAUACUUAGACGAUGAAGGGAGGAGCUAGCACCCACCAUCGGGAGGUAUCGGGAGAAACUUCCUUAGGAGGGAUCAUCUGAGCCGAGCCUUGAAGGAAGAAGUUAGGACUUGUGGCUAAGGCAAACAGCCAGCGGCUAAUCCCAGUUUAAAUUUGGACUAUCCAGUGGAAAUAACCUUAUGUGACACAGAAAAUGCCCCUUUCUACACAAUUUGAAGAUGGGAAUAGCCAAUGCAUUUUAGUUGCCAUCCUUGACAAUGUAAGGAAUCUUUCAAAUAUAUUAAAAGCCAUUCAUUUCAGAGACCAUGCAACCUGUUUUGCAACAACAAAUGGAAUCAAGGUUACAGUAGAAAAUGCAAAAUGUCUGCAAGCAAAUGCGUUCAUUCAGGCUGGAAUAUUUCAAGAGUUUAUUGUUCGGGAAGAAUCUAUAACAUUUAGAAUCAAUUUAACGGUCCUUCUAGACUGCUUGACUAUUUUUGGUUCAACUCCUUUGCCAGGAACUUCAACCGCACUUAAGAUGUGUUAUCAAGGUUAUGGGAAUCCUUUGACACUCUUUCUAGAAGAAGGUGGAGUAGUGACAGUGUGCAAAAUUAAUACCCAAGAGCCUGAAGAUACACUGGAUUUUGAUUUCUGCAGCACAAAUGUUAUUAAUAAGAUUAUUCUUCAGUCAGAAGGCCUGCGUGAAGCAUUUGCUGAAUUAGACAUGAGCAGUGAGGUCCUGCAGAUUACCAUGUCACCUGAAAAACCUUAUUUCAGGUUAUCCACUUUUGGAAAUUCAGGAAGCUCACACCUUGACUAUCCCAAAGAUUCUGAUUUGAUGGAAGCAUUUCAUUGCAAUCAGACCCAAACUAACAGAUACAAGAUUUCUUUGCUGAAACCAUCUACAAAGGCUUUAGCCCUAUCAUGUAAGGUGUCUAUUCGCACUGAUAACCGGGGAUUCCUCUCUUUACAGUAUAUGAUUAAGAAUGAAGAUGGACAGAUAUGUUUUGUGGAAUAUUACUGUUGCCCUGAUGAGGAUGUUAGUGAUUCAGAAUCCUGACUAAUAAUGUCUGGGCAUCUCCUUUCUCACACAUAGGAUAGGCUUUAAUCUUGUUUCCCUUUGUAUGGUACUAUUGCUCAUUUACUGUGGGAAUUCCCAAGGACAGGACAAAAAUUUAGGAUUGGGAAAUUGAUACCAAGUGGCAGAACAGUAUAACCUCUAUAGAUAUAUUAUUUUCCCACAAAGAUGGGUUUUCAAAAAGCUGUCAUUUAACCUUUUUAAGUUCAUGAGAGAGUAUAAGCAAUAAUAAACAUUGAUCCAAACAAUGAUAUUUUAAAAUAGGAGUCUCUGAGAAAUCCCAGAAUCUGAAGCAUAAAUAUUACCAUUUCUGAAAUGUUGUUUAUUAUUAUAGUGAGCAAAUUCAUAUUUAUGACAAGCCUAUUUAUCCAAGAUUAAUUUGAAUUGGACAAGAUAUUUUUUAAAGAAUGCUCUAUAUAUUUAAAAAUAAAAUAAAAUAAUGAUGCACUUGUUUAUCUGAAUUUGUCAUAGGUGGAACUGGGCUAUCUAUAGGGCUUGAGAAUGAUAAUUAGCACCCAAAAAAGUCUUUAAAAUAAAUAUAAAAAUUCUCUGAA